AUCGGUUAUUUCUGGUCGGAUAAGGGGCGGAUCUGGUCCGGAUUAGUCUUUAGUGAAUCAUACAGUGUUAUAGGGAUAACACUGCGAGCUGGUAGAGCGGCUGCAAAACCCUAAGCUCCUUCAGUUAGUCCCCCGGCGUAGCGAGGUGAGACUAUCUCAACACGCACGCAGAUGAAUGUUGAGAGGCUCCAAAAGAUGGCCGGAGCAGUCCGCACUGGCGGAAAGGGCAGCAUGCGCAGGAAGAAGAAGGCAGUUCACAAGACUACAACAACGGAUGAUAAGAGACUGCAGAGCACACUGAAGAGGAUUGGUGUAAAUCCUAUUCCUGCAAUUGAAGAAGUCAAUAUUUUCAAAGAUGAUACUGUAAUCCAGUUUCAGAAUCCAAAAGUGCAAGCUUCGAUAGCAGCCAAUACAUGGGUUGUCAGUGGCGCUCCACAAACAAAAAGACUUCAAGAUUUGCUACCUUCAAUCCUCAGUCAUUUGGGUUCUGAUAAUUUGGACAACCUGAAGAGGCUUGCAGAGCAGUUCCAGAAGCAGACACCAGAUGCUGCUUCAGCUGUUGCAGCCGCCGGUGCUGGUGCCAACCACCAUGAAGAAGACGAUGACGACGUCCCAGAGCUCGUGCAUGGUGCGACAUUCGAAGAAGCUGCAGAGGAGUCCAAAGCAGCUGCGGUUUGAAGAAUAUUUGUUUUUUAUUGCAAAUUUAAAUUCUUGGAUCUAAGUUAAAAAUGGUGGCCUGUGAGCGAUUAUUUGCUGUUUUAUCAUCUCUUUUUGACAUGCUAAACAAAAGGCGCAAAUUGUUGUUUUAAUGAAUCUACCCAUCA